CCUCCGCCAUCCGCUCCAGGUUGUAAAAUCAAAGCGUUGCGGGCCAAAACCAACACCUACAUCAAGACGCCGGUGCGGGGCGAGGAGCCGCUCUUCGUGGUGACGGGCAGGAAGGAAGAUGUGGCCAUGGCCCGGCGGGAGAUCAUCUCGGCGGCCGAACACUUCUCCAUGAUCCGCGCCUCCCGCAACAAAAACACCGUCUUGAACGGCUCGGUGCCCAGCCCGCCUAAUCUGCCAGGCCAGACCACCAUCCAAGUCCGGGUGCCUUACCGAGUGGUGGGCUUGGUGGUGGGACCCAAAGGCGCGACCAUCAAGCGCAUCCAGCAGCAAACCCACACCUACAUCGUCACGCCCAGCCGGGACAAGGAGCCGCCGGUCUUCGAAGUGACGGGCAUGCCGGAGAACGUGGACCGCGCCCGCGAGGAGAUCGAAGCUCACAUCGCCAUGCGGACCGGCGGCCUGAUCGAGCUGAUCGACGAGAACGAUUUCCACGCCAACGGCACCGACGUGGGCUUCGAGCUGGGCGGAGGGGGCGCGGGCAGCCUCUGGAGCAAGCCCACGCCCAGCAUCACCCCGACGCCCGCCCGCAAGCCUUUCUGCAGCUACCGCAACGACAGCUCCAGCUCGCUAGGCAGCGCUUCCACCGACUCCUACUUCGGCAGCAGCGGCCGCUUGGCCGAUUACAGCCCUCCCAGCCCGGCCGCCUUGGGCUUCCCGCCCAACGGCGGCCCCAGCAACGGCUACGGCGUCUACGGGACCCCCGCCGAAGCCCUGGCUUCCCCCGACGGCUGCCCCGCCGAGCUGCCUCCUUUCGAUUCCCCGCCGGGAUUCGACCUGGCGCCGGCUCCUCCCGCGCAGCUGUUGUGGUCGCAGUACGAGCGCAGCACCAGCCUGGCUUCUCCCGCGAUCGCCGCCGCCGCCGCCGCCUUUCCCGGCUCAGCGACGACGGCGGCGGCUCCCGCCUUGUUUGUGAGCGGCGGACAGAGGCGGGGCGUUCCACAGGCUCAGCCCCCGACGCGCGUCUCCCCGCCCUUGCACUCCGGGGCUGGAGGAGGGUCGUUGGCAGCCAGCGAGCAGCACCCGUUGGCCCGUCGGGUGCGCAGCGACCCGGGCGGCCGCUUCUUAGCCUACCCGCUCUAUGCCAACGGGCUGGGCUGCCAUUUGCCCGGCUUGCCCUCCAACUGCUCGCCUUCCUCCUCCUCCUCUUCGUCGUCCUCCGCCUCCAGUUCUUCCUCCAGUUCGUCCUGCUCCUCGUCCGGGCUGCGUCGCAAAGGGAGCCGCGACUGCUCGGUUUGCUUCGAGAGCGAGGUCAUCGCGGCCCUCGUGCCCUGCGGCCACAACCUCUUCUGCAUGGAGUGUGCCAACCGCAUCUGCGAGAAGAACGAGCCCCAGUGCCCCGUCUGCCACAGCGCCGUCACUCAGGCCAUCCGCAUCUUCUCCUAAGGCCCACAAC